AUGGAUAUGACCGACCCCGUGGACGGUGUUUAUGAGUCUGGCCGCAAGAUCGAAUCCAUGCACCACUGGAACUCCUGGUACACCAAGGAUGUGGUGAAGAUGACCACCGUGGCUGCGGCCGCCGGUCGGAAGUCUGUGCUGCGCCGCUGGGUCUUCGAUCAAGAAGAGACCAUUAACAGCGCAACCGGCGAGUCGGUCCGCCACUUCUGGGUUAUGACCAACGGUUACUCUUUGGUCAAGUAUACCUACGAUUCUACCGUGGCUGACGAUGCCAUCAACUUUGAUGCGGUGGAAAAGACCUGGCCCGAGGACCCCCGUGGUUUCGAGGAUCGCCUGGGUCCUCUGCGUCCCGCUGAGGACGAGGGUGUCACCAAGGACCGGUGGUUGUUGCACGAUGCCUACGUCGUCGGUGACAACGUGCACCAGUUCUAUGUGCGUGAGGAAGACGAGGGCCACAGCGUGAUCGAGAUUGUCUGGCUCGGUCCCAAGGGUGGUGGUGGCGGAGGUAUCUCCGAUCACUACAUUCAGGGUACCUACCAGCAAUAA